GUGAAGAAGCUGGAGAUGGACCUAAGUUACCGGCAGUUAGUACGUUACCUGAAUGCAGUGAAAUGUCCAGACCAGGCUGGCUUGUUCUGCCUGAAGCAGAAUAUGGCCUUCUAUAUGUGCAAGUUUGGCGACUUCGCUGCAGCAUCUCAAUUUCUGCUGCAGAAAAAGGGAAUGCAGUUUUCUGUAGCCUCACUUCUGACACCGGACCAGUUUGAACUCUACCUUACUAUGGUACAAACCAGCAGUUGUCCACCAGGGAACAAGCCUGUAGCGGGUGAACUGUGGAUUCCGUGUGAAGGUCCUCCACUAAAGAAUGGAAUUUUACUCCGAACAGCCCUUCGAAUCCUGUACUGCAAUACUGUGUUGCUACAUGAGCUCAAGUGCUGGAGUGCUGUGGUCCGCAUCUGGAGUACCAGUGAAUGUUUGUCGGAGGAUGGGAAUCUAGUUCCUAGGAAUGUCCCCGAACCUGAUAAAACUUUUCAGCUGAUGGUGCUAGAGAUAUCAUGCCCAAUUCUGGAUGAGUUGCAGAAACACUGGAAUGCACACUUACCGCCUCCAUUUCAUCUCAAGUCCCACAGAGUUGCUGCAGAGUUCAUAGUAAUUGUUCAAGCUGUUACCCGCUUUAUGAUGUCUGCAGCCCUUCCAUUGCCUCCC